GAGGCUGAGAUAUUUUUUGAGGACUAACAUCAAACAUUCCUCAGAAGAGAGCAGCUGUAAACAGCGUCGGAUACUUUUGACCUCCAACGGGAUAUAAAACUACCGACUGGGAAAAACCACUGCGUAAAUUCUCAGCUAAAUUCCUGGCGUUACCGCGCGGACGAGGAAAACAAACUUCCCGGAGAGAGGGACGCGAUGCAGCACUACGGAGUAAAUGGUUACUCUCUGCACGCCAUGAACUCUCUGAGCGCCAUGUACAACCUUCAUCAACAGGCCGCCCAGCACGCGCAGCACGCGCCCGACUACCGGCCCUCGGUGCACGCGCUUACUCUCGCGGAGAGACUGGCCGACAUCAUCUUGGAGGCGCGCUACGGCUCUCAGCACAGAAAGCAGCGCCGCAGCCGCACAGCCUUCACCGCGCAGCAGCUCGAGGCGCUGGAGAAAACUUUCCAGAAAACUCACUACCCUGAUGUGGUCAUGCGCGAACGCCUGGCCAUGUGCACCAACCUCCCCGAAGCACGAGUACAGGUGUGGUUUAAAAACCGCCGCGCGAAGUUCCGCAAGAAGCAGCGCAGUCUGCAGAAAGAGCAGCUUCAGCGGCUGAAGGAUGCUGGGACGGAGGGAGCCCAGGAGGAGGGGAAAGAAGCCCCGCCUGUUGAUGCACAAGCCCCGCCCUCCCCUUCGGAUGGGCGUGGCCCCACGUGCCCCCCUUCCUGCGAGCUCAGUGAAGAGGUGAACGUCACCUCGCCGGAACAGUCAGGGGCGGAGUCAGGGGCCGAGGACAUGACUGACAGAGAGGAAGAGUCGCCGUCCGUCAAAGAUGAAAGAAAAGAGGCGGGGCCAACCCUGACGACAGACGACAGUUCACCUUCCUGCAAACCAGUCAGCCCUAAAUCAGAUGAGCCGCUGGGUUCUCCGGCUCUUCCCUCCUCCAGUGGCGUCGGUGGAGGAGUGGCUCAGACCAACUCCUACGCUUCGUCUCCUCUCAGUCUGUUCCGUCUCCAGGAGCAGUUUCGUCAGCACAUGGCCGCCACCAACAACCUCAUGCACUAUCCCGCCUUCGACGUGACGGCGCCGUCCUCCUUACCCUACCUGGGCGUGAAUGUGAACAUGGCGUCUCCGCUGGGAUCCCUGCCGUGCCAGCCCUACUACCAGACCCUGUCCCAGGCCCAGCAGAUGUGGAGCGGCCCUCUGCUGCAGGGCUCCGGUGCCCUGCCGGCCCUCAACAGCAAAACCACGAGCAUCGAGAACCUGCGUCUGAGGGCCAAGCAGCACGCCGCAUCUCUCGGCUUGGACACGCUACCAAACUGAAUCGCUCGAAUCAAUGCAUUUCUGCCGCCGCCGACGUCUUGUGUUCAGGAUCUACAUCACAUUAGCGCGCGCAAAUCAACAGCCGGAGCCGUUUCGGUAUUAUAUAGCAUGGCGGAGCGGAGACGUUUGGACGACUUUUAAGUUGCACUUUGACACGUAAAAAAAAAAAAGCACAUUCAUUUGUUUGUGUAAAUAGGCUUAUUCAGGUCCCCGGCCUUGGUAGAAGGUUAGUGAAGCCUCCUGUUUGUAUAUUUGAAGAAGAUUAAAUGUCUUCACUGUCUGUGGAUGUUAUAAAGGGAUAUAAAGCAAAUGGAUGAAAACCCUGCGAACACCAUAAAGACUUUUAGACUGAUGCUCCUGACGUCGUGCCAUGUGUUUUGUCGAUUUAGAGUCUAUUGGAUAUCUCCGAAUUGUUUAAAUAAAUGUGAAUAAUUUAUCAGUGAAAUGAAAGGGAAUAAACCACAUAUACGAACUGAAUGUGUAACAGUGA